CAUUCAGGACGUAAACAAACGAAAUACUCACGCGGUCUCCACGAAAGUUGUGGUCAGUCAAAAAAAAUCGUAAGAAUUCUAGAGAAGGACAAGAAGUGAGAAAGCUGUCGGUUAGAAAGGUAGAUUGAAGAGUAGAAGAAUGGCAGGCACUGACCGAUGGCGUAUUGCUGGACCAGAAAAAAGUUUUCCAUAUUCCUUACUGCAGCCAAAGGAAGAUGCAGCAUUUUUAAGAGAGGAUAAUAUGCGCAGAGAUGGACGCUCAGCAGUUGAUCACAGACAAUUAUUUAUGAGUCUUGGCAUUAUUAGCCAGGCUAAAGGAUCUUCAUAUGUGGAAUGGGGAAACACAAAAGUUUGCUGUGGAGUGUAUGGGCCUAAAGAUGUGCAGAGAGGAAAUGACUUCAAAAUGUCAUGUCAGGUUGUAUGUGAGGUGAAAAUGGCCCCAUUUUCUUGUCCAGUCAGAAAACCUCCGCAGCCUGACAGACAGCAGAAAGAAAUGAGCAGGCAGUUGAAAGAGGCAUUAGAAACUGUUAUUAUUUUGGACAAGUUUCCCAAGUCCCAGAUAGAUGUGUAUGUUACUGUAAUAGAGGAUGAUGGCGGACUUUUGGCGGCUUGUAUUACAGCAGCAGGCCUUGCCUUGUGUCAUGCAAGCAUUGAUGUCUAUGAUCUGGUUGUAGGAUCAUCAGUGCUGUGGCACUCAGGCAUCUUGUAUGUGGACCCAUCCCGGCAGGAGGAGGAAUUUGAAGGGAGUGAAACUCGUAGUUCUGGUAGAGAAGGUGGACACUUAACCAUUGGAAUGAUGCCAAAUUAUGCAAAUGGACAGAUAGCACUUACACUACAAGAGGGCCAGAUGGCAGUUGAUAACAUCUGUGAGGGACUUGAGAUAGCUGUUGAUACGUGCCAGAGGAUUUAUACACUGUCCAGAAAGACAUUGAUGGAUAAUGUUCAGUCAGUUCUUGAUGAAGAUGAUGAAGCAGCAACAUCAUAGUCUUUAAGUAUGUGCUUUUGUUGAGAUUAUGAAAGCACAUAUUAGAGGCAUUAUAGAAUAUUUAAUUAAUAAAUUGGGGGACACA